AUGAUUCCAGGUGGCUUUGGUGGUGGCUUCGGCGACAGAGGUCGUGGAGGUGCAAGAGGUGGCAGAGGUGCUCCCAGAGGCGGCUCGCGUGGUGGAGCGCGAGGUGGAAGGGGCGGCGGCAGAGGAGGCGGGUUUGGCGCAAAGGGUGGACAAAGAGUGAUCAUCGAACCGCACAGACAUCCCGGCGUCUUCAUUGCGCGAGGCAAGGAGGACCUGCUCGUCACCAAGAAUUUGACUCCCGGCGAAGCAGUCUACGGCGAGAAGCGCAUCUCCGUCGACAACGAUGCCACCCCUGGCACCGGCGCCAAUGGCGAUGGGCCCGCAUCGACCAAGACCGAAUACCGCGUCUGGAACCCCUUCCGCUCCAAGCUUGCGGCUGGUAUCCUGGGCGGUCUGGAAGAUAUCCACAUGAAGCCCGGAAGUCGCGUGCUCUACCUGGGCGCUGCCUCUGGUACCUCCGUCUCUCACGUCGCUGACAUCGUCGGCCCUACCGGAACUGUCUACGCAGUAGAGUUCUCUCACCGCUCCGGCCGUGAUCUCAUCAACAUGGCAACUCACCGCACCAAUGUCAUUCCCAUCAUCGAAGACGCCCGUCAUCCCCUGAAAUACCGCAUGCUCGUGUCUAUGGUUGACUGCAUCUUUGCCGACGUCGCACAGCCGGAUCAGGCUCGUAUUGUCGGCAUCAACGCCCAUCAAUUCCUGAAGGUUGGUGGCGGCGUUGUCGUCAGUAUCAAGGCAAACUGUAUCGACUCUACCGCGGCACCAGAGCAAGUCUUUGCCCGUGAGGUCACCAAGCUGCGAGAGGAGAGGAUCAAGCCCAAGGAGCAACUGACUUUGGAGCCGUUCGAGAGAGAUCACGCCAUGGUGGUGGGCACGUAUCAGAGACAUGCGUAG